GACAGUGACAUUGUGGAAAAGAGGGAGCAAUAAUUCGGCCAUUGUCUUGCCUUUUCUGGACUCUGGGUAUUUAUAGAUCAUAGGAUUCUGAAAGAAUUAGUUGAAUUUAGGUAUUCUCUCCGGCUUGACGCCAUUUGCGGUUGCUUCAUCGUUUUCUUUCCUCGGAGAAGAUGGGAAAUCUGUUCUGCUGUGUCCAAGUAGAUCAAUCCACUGUUGCAAUUAAGGAACGUUUUGGCAAGUAUCAAGAUGUGCUAGAGCCAGGAUGCCACUGUGUGCCUUGGUUCCUUGGAAGUCAACUGGCUGGUCAUCUCACCCUCCGGGUGCAGCAGCUGGAUGUGCGCUGCGAGACCAAGACAAAGGACAAUGUGUUCGUCAAUGUUGUCGCAUCAAUUCAGUACCGUGCCCUGGCUGACAAGGCAAAUGAUGCUUUUUACAAACUAAGCAACACUAAGGGUCAAAUUCAGGCAUAUGUUUUUGAUGUAAUCAGAGCUAGUGUUCCGAAACUCAACCUUGACGAUGUUUUUGAGCAAAAAACUGAAAUUGCCAAGGCUGUUGAGGAUGAACUUGAGAAGGCUAUGUCUGCCUAUGGGUACGAAAUUGUUCAGACACUAAUUGUUGAUAUAGAACCAGAUGAGCAUGUUAAGAAAGCUAUGAAUGAAAUCAAUGCUGCUGCUAGGCUAAGGGUUGCUGCUAACGAGAAGGCAGAGGCUGAGAAGAUUUUGCAGAUUAAGAGGGCUGAGGGUGAGGCGGAGGCGAAGUACCUCUCAGGGUUAGGUAUUGCCCGCCAACGCCAAGCCAUCGUGGACGGGCUUAGGGAUAGCGUUCUUGGAUUCUCAGUGAACGUGCCAGGAACCACAGCCAAAGAUGUCAUGGACAUGGUUCUCGUGACGCAGUACUUUGACACGAUGAAGGAAAUUGGCGCUGCCAACAAAUCAUCCACUGUCUUCAUCCCCCAUGGCCCUGGGGCGGUUCGCGAUGUGGCUGCCCAGAUCCGUGAUGGCCUUCUUCAGGCUUCCCAGUCUGACCAUCAUCACUAAAUACUCAACUCUCCAGACUUUUUUUCAUAUUUGUAUAAAAACUUUUACCAUUUCCGAUUGUGUGUUUACUUUACUAGGUGUGAAGAUUGUGAAAUGUCAAUACUAUCAACUUAUAUUGGUUUUGGAAGAAGAUUGUGAAUGUUAGUUAACACGAGGAGUUACCAUACCAUA